GACAUAGAGCCCCCGGUCCUUGGCCUGGCAGUAGAGCACCUUGAGCACAAAGCCGCCAUCGCGAUCGCGGUACAUGAGGCGGCGGCGAUCAGGGAGCAGGGGACGGCCCUCCCAGUGCCAUUCGAUCUCGGGCUCAGGCUUGCCCAUCACGUAGCAGCGGAACUUGGCGUGCUUGCCCUCGUUCACCCAGAAGGUCUUGGGCGCGCACUUGAGAGGCUCCACCACCGGAGCGGGGGCCUCUUCGGGGUCCUCCGGCGGGCUCUCGGGGGGCUGGUGCACCUGGAGCAGCGCGCCGGCCUGCGCGUGGCCGUGCGCGUUGCGGGCGUGGCACACGUAGACGCCAGAGUCUGGCAAACGAGCCGCCAGGAUGCGCAGCGCCAGGCUCCCGCCCGGGCCACCCGCGGCGCGGCCGGGCUCCAGCACAAAGUGACUGCUGUCCCACACCUCGUCCAGGGCCAUCCCAUCCUUCUCCCAGUACAGCGUGGGCUCGGGGAGGCCCCCCACCUGGCACGUCAGCACCACCUCCGCCCCCCGCAGCACCCACUGGGACCGGGGCCCCGUCAGGAACACCGGGGCUCCCUCCCCGGUUCCCGGCGGUGGCAGCGGGUGCUCGGCGGGCUGGGGCUCGGGCUCGGGGGCUGGCGGCUCCAGCACGGUGACCGCGGCCGCCGCGUAGGCCUCUCCGGCCGCAUUACGAGCGCGGCACACGUAGACCCCGGCGUCGGUGGGCAGCGCGCCGCUCAGCAGCAGGCCAUGUUCGGCGCCGUCCGCCGGGAAGCUCAGGCGCUCCGAAGCGGCCAGCUGCUGCCCGCCUUUCUCCCACACGACAGUGGGCGGCGGCUCCCCCAGGACCACGCACUUGAGCUCGGCCUCCGCGCCACUUACCACCCGCACGGGCCGCGGGAAACGCAGGAAGCACGGGGGACUCCCCUGAUCCCCUGAGACCGCCUUCAUCGCGGUGGCUGCGGAUGGCCUGCCGCGGCGCGGGGGAAGGGCGGGGGACGGUGGCGCCGAGGCCGGGAGAGCAGCGCGAGUCCCCGAGGCGGGAACGUUGGGGACCCGCGGAGCUCUCCCCCGUCCACCCCUUCCCGGCUCGCCUCCUUACCCUCGGCCCCGAGCAGCAGCUCUGGCGCGCGGCGGAGACUCCCCGGCCCAGAGCCCAGAGCUUAGGGGGCAGUCCUUCCUGUUUGCCUUUCCAGCGAGGGGCCCCGCAGCCUCCUCUGCCCGCGGCCUGGCUUCCUGCUCUCUUCCCAGCCCCCUCCCACAGCCUGGGCCUCUUUCCCCUCCUCCCUCCCACCUCCAGCAGCCAGGUCCCAACUGCCCGCCAGGCUUGGGCCUGAGUGGCAGAGGCGCCUGCAGCUGCCAAUCCCAAAAAUAUUCUCUGAUGACACAGCUGGAGGACAAGAGCCCAGACUGGCUCCUCCAGGCUAAGUAUAGAGCAGGCCGGACCACCUGCCCCCCGCCCAAGCCCCAGUUCUAGUUGCAGCCCCAACCCUUCCCCCUAGGCCAGCCCAGCAGCUGCUUGGUUGAAAGGGGUCUCAGAGGGUCUAAGGGAGCUGGCAUUCUCCCUUCCUGACAAAUGACACUUUCAGAAGCUGGCCAAACCCAGCUCCCACCUAGUGUCACCUCUGUGCUGGGUGCUGAGAUGUGAAACUGUGUGUGUGUGUGUGUGUGUACCUGGAAGGGGCUGUAUGUUUGUAUGUGUGGGUCAGGUCACCCCGGGUGAACAUCCUCCCCAGCCCCCUCCCCCACAUUCUUGGCAGUAGUGGGAGAUAAGGCUCAGGGCCACAGACCUGUGCGUCAGAGAUAGGAGGUCUCAAUGCCAUGGGCAGGGGUAACUUGGACUGCAGGGCGUGGGAAGGGCUGGGGAAGACGGGUGAGAAGGAUAGAAGAGGGCAGGUGGUGGGAUGGGGAGAGGAGGCUGCAGAGGCCUUGGGCAGACCCUGACAGAGAGGACACAGGACUGGGUGUGGUUCCCCGCAGGGCAGGGUGUGGGUUCUCCAGUUGGCAGGGCCAGGUGAGCUAUGGUGCCUCAGCUGCCCCUGCUGCUCCUCCUGCUGUUGGCCCCGCAGGGUGGGCAGGGCUGCCAUGGGCUAGAGCUGGACCGGGAACUUGUCCUGGCCAAGGUGAGGGCCCUGUUCUUGGAUGCCUUGGGGCCUCCAGCCGUUAUGGGGGAAGGUGGGAGUCCUGGAAUCAGGCGGCUGCCCCGAAGACACGCCGUGAGUGGCUCCAUGCGCAGGGGCUCUGAGCCCGAGGAGGAGGAUGUCUCCCAGGCCAUCCUUUUUCCAGCCACAGGUAUCAGCUGUGAGGACCAGCCAGCUGUUGGAGGGCUGGCCCAGGAGGCUGAGGAAGGUGUCUUCACGUACGUUUUCCGGCCAUCCCACCACACACGAAGCCGACAGGUGACUUCGGCCCAGCUGUGGUUCCAUACGGGGUUAGACAAGAAGAGCACAGUGGUCUCAAAUAGCUCUGGGCCCCUGCUAAGCCUGCUGGUGCUGUCAUCUGGGGGACCCAUGGCUGUGCCCAUGUUCUUGGGCCAGGCACCCCCUCGCUGGGCGGUGCUGCAUCUGGACACCUCUGUUCUUCCUCUGCUGACUCACCCUGUCCUGGUGUUACUGCUGCGAUGUCCUCUCUGUUCCUGCUCAGACAGGCCAGAGACCACACCCUUCCUGGUGGCCCACACUAGGGCCAGACCACCCAGUGGAGGGGAGAGAGCUCGGCGCUCUACUCCCCCAAUGCCCUGGCCUUGGUCUCCUGCUGCUCUGCGCCUGCUGCAGAGGCCUCCGGAGGAACCUGCUGCCCACGCCUACUGCCACAGAGCUGCACUCAACAUCUCUUUCCAGGAGCUGGGCUGGGACCGCUGGAUUGUGCACCCUCCCAGCUUCAUCUUUCACUACUGUCAUGGUGGCUGUGGACUGCCCACCCCACCAGACCUACCCCUGCCAGUCCCUGGUGUUCCCCCUACCCCUGUCCAGCCCCUUUCUUUGGUGCCAGGGGCCCAGCCUUGCUGUGCUGCCCUCCCAGGGACCAUGAGGCCCCUACAUGUCCGUACCACUUCAGAUGGAGGUUACUCUUUCAAGUAUGAGACGGUACCUAACCUUCUCACGCAACACUGUGCUUGUAUCUAAGGGGUUCCGCUUCCUUAGCCCAAAGCUGGUGACCAAACCCCAGUGAUUGUCAGCUGGAAGGAAGGGCAGAGUGCAGAAAAUAAAUGGUUUCCCCUCCCUUCUUCCUUCUAUUUCUCUGCCAGAGGCCUCCCCUCCCCAUUCCCCCUCUGUCCCAUGGGUAUCAUGUGACAAUAAAGAACAGUGCAUAUGACUUGG